AUAUAUAUAUAUAUAUAUAUAAACAUAGACACAUACACACAUACAUAUAUAUACAUACAAUAUAUAUAUCUCUAUAUUACGAGUUGAAGCUACCAACAACAGUAACAGUAAACAGACAUACGCACUAAGAGACGUACAUAUAAAACAGUUUUUUUCCCCCUUGUUUCGUAGUGGCAUUUCUUAAAUUUUCCAACACAUAGAGUAAUAUGCCUAAUGUUUCCAACCAGAAUGGAAAGGGCCUAGAACAGCAAUUUGCUGGGCUAGACUUGAAUAGCUCGUCUGCAAGAAAUACUAGAGGAAAAAGUGAGUACUUUCCGAGCCAGUCCAGACCUGUACCCAGUAGUUCUCCUCCUCCUCCUGCUCCUACAGUAUCUAAAGAGCGUUAUGUGCCCCCGCACCUGCGCAACCAUGAGGAGAGAAGUUUAUCUGUUCAUGAUAGCCUUGAAAGAGAUUUGAUUCCACCUGGUGAUGACCGGAGAAAUAGAGAUAACUUCUUGGGAGCAUAUGGGGCUGCUCAACGAAGUGGUUAUAUUGGUGGCUUACCAGCCCAAGGACUUGGCCAACCAAAUUAUGACCGCAAUUACCAACCUCAAGCUAACCGAUACUACAAUACUAACUACCCUCCAAGCAAUAGGGGUGCUAAUAGCUACAGCUAUGAUAAUAGGCGUGGUGGCCCAACAGCAUACCGCUAUAAUGGCCGGGCUCCCAUGAAUGAUAACCGCUGGAGUAGCAAUAGACAAGACAGACAAGGCAGUUUACCACCACCACCACAACGACCUUUCCCAAGUAGAUGGGAUAAUUUAGGUAGUGAGGACAACCGCGGAGGUGGUGGAGGCGGUGGUGGUGGUGGUGGUGGUGGUGGAAACUGGGGUAAUGGUAAUCGUUGGGACAACAGAAGUGACAAUCGCUGGAAAAAUGACGAUUACGGCAAAAAAGAAGAUUGGUCUGUACCUCUACAAAAGAAUGAAAAAUUAGAAUAUGAAUUGUUUGGUAGCUGUAAUACUGGUAUCAACUUUGAUAAAUAUGAAGAUAUACCUGUAGAGGCCACAGGUGAAGACUUGCCAAAAUGCUGUGAAAGUUUUAACGACUGUCAACUGGGCGAAAUUCUGAGGAACAAUUUGAUUCUAUGCAAUUACACCAAACCAACCCCUGUUCAAAAAUGGGCUAUACCUAUUGUGAUGAACAAUCGAGAUUUGAUGGCUUGUGCUCAGACAGGUUCUGGCAAAACCGCUGCCUUCUUGGUUCCCAUUUUGAAUGCUCUGUAUGAGCAAGGACCUAUUGAUAUGCCAAGUCGAACUUAUGGACGGCGUAAGCAGUAUCCCCUUGCAUUAGUGUUAGCUCCUACACGUGAAUUAGUUUCACAAAUUUAUGAUGAAUCUCGGAAGUUUGCAUACCGCUCCCAUAUACGUCCAUGUGUGGUUUAUGGUGGCACAGAUAUUGGUGCUCAGUUGAGAGAUUUGGAUCGUGGCUGUCAUUUAUUAGUUGCAACGCCUGGUCGUCUGGUCGACAUGAUGGAAAGAGGUCGUAUUGGACUUGACUGCUGCAAGUUCUUAGUAUUGGAUGAAGCUGAUCGUAUGUUGGACAUGGGCUUUGAACCUCAAAUCAGAAGAAUUGUACAAAAAGAUAGCAUGCCUCCUGCUGGUUGCAGAGAAACUCUUAUGUUUAGUGCUACAUUUCCUCGAGAAAUUCAGUUGUUAGCUAAGGACUUUCUACACAAUUAUAUUUUCCUUGCUGUUGGUCGUGUUGGAAGUACCAGUGAAAAUAUUACUCAAAAAGUUGUGUGGGUUGAAGAAUGUGAGAAGAGAUCAUAUCUUUUGGAUUUAAUCAAUUUUGCAAGUCCUGAUUCAUUAACUCUUGUGUUUGUGGAAACAAAGAAAGGGGCUGAUUCUCUGGAAGAGUAUCUUGUUGUGGAAGGCUAUCCUGCUACAAGUAUUCAUGGUGAUAGAUCUCAACGAGAGCGUGAGGAGGCUCUUAGAGCUUUUCGGAAUGGAGAAAAACCAAUUCUUGUUGCUACUGCUGUUGCUGCUCGGGGUCUUGAUAUUCCAAAUGUACGUCAUGUUAUCAACUUCGAUUUACCUAGUGAUAUUGAAGAAUAUGUUCAUCGUAUUGGACGUACUGGACGUGUCGGAAACUUGGGUCUUGCCACCAGCUUCUUCAACGAGAAAAAUAAGAAUGUUGUCAGGGAUCUUUUGGAACUGCUGGAUGAAGCUAAACAGGAAAUCCCGGCUUGGUUGGAAUCAAUAGCCUAUGAUUCAAGGCCGCAAGGGGGCAUAAGGCGUGGUGCUACUACUCUUGGAAGAAAAGCUUCUACAUCUUUUGGAGGUCGGGAUUACCGUCAACCUGCCCAGAAAGCUGCGAAACCUGCUGGAACUGUGAAUUACAGCAAUUCAGGAUUCAACCCGUACAACUGCAUGCAGAUUAAUGGCUAUGGAGGCUCUUACGGUGGAUCCUAUGCCCAACCAGUCCACGAUUGGUGGGGCAAUUAGACCAACAGCUCUUAAAGCACAACUAAGAAACCAACCACAUUUUGUAGCGGGACUUUAAAUACAGGGUAAACACCAACGUAGAACCAGUGACCAGAUAAAUUCUGUAAGGAAACAUUUGGCUGAAAAGAAGUUUGUUUUAAAAACAAUCGAUGAAAACACACAAAAAAAAAAGUUAAAUUUUUAAUAGGAAAAAUUCUUUAAAGAAAAAAAAUAGUUUCUUGAGAAUAACGAACAAUAUUUCUGUUGUUGGUCUUUUUGUGGGCCAAAUUAAGCUUUUGUGUUGGUAGACAUUUAGAAAUUUUAUGUAUCUAUGUUAUCUGAUGUGGCGUUUUAUUUUUUUUCCUGUUUUUUUUCUCUCUCUCUCUCAUCAACCAUGUUGGGUCAUAAUCGAAUCCUACAUGGUUAUGAAUGUAGUGAUGAAACUUUUAGCUGCAAAUUUUGCACUCACUUGACUACUCACUAAUCAUUUUCUUGUCUGCCAGUGUCAGCUUAUGUAUGAUUCUCCCAUUGAUUUUUUUUUUUUAAUUUCUUUUUUUAUGAUUGGAUAAAAAUCCCAUUGUAUGUUACUGGCUUCACCCUUUUCCCUUUCAGACUGUAUUAUAUCUAAUUUGUUUUUAGAUGUUCUCUACUUAUUUUUGGAAUAUUUUUUCUUUUGUCACCGUUUACUUUUUUUCAUUGCAGAAGAAAGGUACAUUUCCAGCUUUUUCAUUCACUUUUUUCUUAAAGUUAUUCAAUACUGUUAUGAAUUAUUAGAUUCCUAUUGUAAAAAAAAAAAAAAAAAAGCACAUCUUGAUUCACUGUUGUUUGUAUUGGAGUAUUUAUCCUCCUUAGCAUUGUGUGUGUAUAUAUAAGUAUAUAUACAUAUAUGCUUUUUUUUUUUUAUCCCCUUAUCAAAUCUUGUAAAUUGGAUAAUUUCCAAAAUUCUGAAAUCAAGGAGAAAAAAAAUAACCUUGAAAAGGAAUUCUAUUCUUUAAAAAAAAAAAAUAAUUCAUUAAAAAAAUCUUUAGAUUCAAUUUAUAGUUUCUGCUGGUUCUACACCUUGUUUCCCAGAGAGUUAGCCAGACUACAAUGGUUAAAAAAUGGAAAAAAUGAAAAUAAACUGGUAAAAAAAAAUGAAAAAAAAGAAAAAAAAAGAAACAAAGGUAUAUAUGCCGUCCUGUCAUAUACUGCAAAUCACAUUUUGUUGAGGUGCAGUUUACAAGAAAGAAAACCCAAUUCUUGAGUUAACCCGCUAAGGUAAAAAAACAAAACAAAAACAAACAAACAAAAUAAAACAAUAACUGAAAAUCUAAAGCAAAACAAUUUUCUUCUGUCAAGGCUUUUCCCUUUCCUUUUCUUUGAAAACAUUAAAAUGGGGAACAUGGAUUGCUGAGCUGUUGGUGUGUCAACAUUGUAGCAUUGUUACAGGUAGCUAGCUCAUUCUUGUACGUCAGUUUGGCUACUCCUGAACUUACUUAAAAUCAUAAUAAAAAAAAAAAUCUAAAAAAUAAUACGUGUAUGUUGAAAUAAUUGUUGCAGCAAUCCUUUUUGCUGAAGUGUACAGAUGGAAUUUCAACACGCAUUGUACAGUUGCAUUGUGCCUGUUUGUAAGGCAUGCUGUAUUAAAUUUGGAAGCCCUUAAGGCAUAAAAAAAUUUUUUAAUUCUAUUUUUUUUAUUCUGUCUGCACCUCUUUUCUACAUGUUGCCAUUGACAGUAUCAAAACGUGUGCCUCUUUGAUAUCAAAAAAAAAAAAAAAAAGGUAAUGCUUUUUAAAAAUUUUUUUGAUGAUAUCCAGAUCUCUGGGUGAAGUUAAACUUUACCCAAAUUUUAAAAAUAAUUGCAUUUACUGAUGAUAUAGAAUAGUUGAGGACUUUGGAAAGAAAACGAAUAUUUCCAAAUUCCUUGAAAUUUUUUUUUUCUGGUAAAGGAAGUAAGGUGAUUAUAAAAGUUUUUUUUUCUAAAUCCUAUUUGGUGUAGAACUUGUUCGUGGUGUUCUGAUUACAGGGUGCAUAUACAUUCCCCUGUAAACACUGACGGAAAAGCAUAUCAUAAAUACGUAAACAUAUGAAAGAGAAAAAAGGCUUACUGAAAUGAAGUCGUACUUUGAAGGACUUUGUUAAAGCUAUCAGAUGACAAGCUACAAGGACACCAGCUAGUUUUUUUUUUUUCUCCCUUUGUUUUUGUUUUAUAUUACUGUACCACUGUUGCCGCCUCUUCCUCUUCCCGUUUUAACAUGUCUCUAGUGGCUGAUGUCGGUGGCUAAGCUUCCCGAGCCAUUGUAAACAUUUAAAGCCUUCAUUGCUGGCAAGGCUGCAAAAUGUCCCAGCAGCAACUGUUUUUUUACUUUCCCUUCAAAUUUUCUGAGUAAAAUUUGGUUGCUGCUGUGUUGGUAGUUGGCAGUUGCCUGCUGAAUGUGCUAGGUUAUUGCAGCUGUACUUGCCCACCCCCUCCUUCCAACUCCACUUCCACAGCUAACUGGUGUGAUCCCAAAUAAACAAGCAAAUAAAAAGGUAAGUUUUGUGUCCCAUUUGUAAUGCUGCAGAGAGGCCCUAAUGUGAGUUGUGGAGCUGUCUGAACGCACUAAGAUAAUUUCUAAAUUAUUAAAACAGGUGGUUUUCUUUUUUUUAUUCUUUAAAAGAAAAUGUACAUUCCAUUAAUUUUCUUACAUUUUUCAAUUCCAAACCAAGCAGUCAUUAUGUAAGUAUUCCAUUUGGCGCAUACAUUUAUGUAAAUUACAAAUCCCGUAAACCUAGAUUUUAUUCUCCCCUUUGCCCCCCCAAAGAAACCAUACAAAAUUCCUCCUUACAAAAUCUCCAUUAAAAUAUUUCAUUGAGGGACAUUUACAAGUUACCAAUAAGUUUAAAUAAUCAUGGUCCACUUGUGUCUGCGGUGUGUGAGAGUUAAGUUGACUGUGUUGCUUAAGAUCAGAAUGAGUGUUAUGGUGGUGUUAUUUUUUCCAUUCAAAACAAAAAUAAUCUUUUUUACAUUGUUCAAAUACUGUGUCUUUCAUUUAGUUCUACUAUCACUACAAAAGGAGUGAAAGAUAUAUUCUGAAAAAGAGAAAAAAAAAAAAAGAAAAAUUCAUUGACUUCCAAAUACAUGAGUGCUACAGAAAACAAAGCAUUUUCCAUUUUUCACUUUUUUUUUUUUUCAUGUAUCAUUAUCAGACCAGAGACAGUAAAAAGCGAUUUAUGCCUUCUUUGGACUUAUGUAAAUAUGAAGAAAAAAAAAUUUUAUAUGUAAAGUGCUGAAAUUAUUACAAUAGCAUUUAAAUAUAAUGAAGAUUAUUUAAUAAAUAAAAAAAAAAGAAACUAUUAAAAAUGCUGUUUGAACGAAUAGUAAAUCAACAAAUAAAAUUUAGUAGCUUUGAAAGUGCAUCUCGCACAAGUGGGCCUUUUUUAAGAUGGUCGGUAAACAAUAGUUACAGUGGGUAGGUAUUUGAUAUAUGUAUAUAUAAAUGUAUAUAUGAAGUAUGUAUACGCUUUGCCCCCUUUCCCCAGACUUGAAUUUUCCCUUUCCCCUAAAUAUAUUGCCCCAUUUUCCCAUAAAUAUUUUGUCCCUGUCCUUUCAGGACAAAAACCCAGUGAUUUAUUUUCAAUUUCUUUUUUUUUUAAAGCCCACUAAUGUUAAGGACAAGCUAGUCAUACUGCCCCCUGAUUUUUGUAGGGCAGCUGUUAUUUCUUGCAGUCCAGAUCUCGAGAAUCAGGGAUUCUCUGCACUAAAGGAAUGGGAUUCAUUCACACAUUUAUUUAUUUCCAUUUUUGCAGUACUCUGUAUUUAUUUUUUCAACUUCAUGUGAUAUCAACACAUGUUUAAUUUUUUUUUUGAUUAUUGCGAGAUUGUAAUUUUUUUAUAAAAAUGAGCAACCAUGAUUUUUUUUUUUUUUUUUUACUGUAAGACUUUUCGUUUUUUUAAAUUUUUUUUUUUUUUAAAUUUGGGAACGUGAGAUCAUUUUUAUAUAGGACGGCAUGUAAAUUUUGAAUAUCAUUGAGAAUACUAUCAGCAAAGUCUGGCUGCAAUUAACAUGCUGUGAUGUAUUAAGCUGGUCUGUUAGGGCAUGUGAUAUCACUGCUGGUUUACCGACCACCAUUUACAUCAUAGUUCAUUUAAGUGAUAAUGAACAUGUGGUUGUACUUAAUGAAAAAUAAUAAUAAAAAAUAUUGAUCAGC